AAAUCAGGCGUUGCAGCUGUUGGUCACCAAGAUUUUUGACCGUCCAGUAACACGUCACAAGUUUGACAGCUUUUGAUCAUCAAAUCAGAUUGCUUGGAAAGUGGGAAUACGGUUUACGCGUCACUGCUGCUGCAAAAUUAAGAUUAGUUGUAGCCUAUUCCUACCUCCCCCAACCCACGCAGUAGCUCUCCUACAGGUUCGGAGCAUUCCCGGAGCCGACACACGCAGCCUGCGCUGUGUGACCCCACCAGCACUAUGAGCACUGUCCUGACUUGCCAAGAUCUGAGCUUUGUAGGGGGCCAAAUCUACGACUGCCCUUACCCCUUCCAAACGUCAGCAGACAGUGUUGACGUUUCCACGGUGACUCUGGCCUCCUUUUUGGCUGCUGGUUCCCCGGACGACACAGUCUGCCAGCAUGAGUCGACACAGAGGGAAAUCAACCACUUGGAUUUGGAUUUUGGGACUUCUCCAACUGACCAGAUCUGGACUGACCAAUUGUCGCCACAUUUGCAGAGAAACAAACAGCUUCAAGAUACAUUGUUACAGAGAGAGGAGGAAUUGGCAAGGUUGCACGAGGAAAAUUUCAAACUCAAAGAAUUCUUAAACUCCUCAUUUGUAAAAACCUUGGAUGAAAAAAGAAAGAGACUUCUCUCUGCUCAGAGCGGUGAUUGGAGGAGGAAACGGAAGCGAAAUUCUGAAAUCCAGAAUCUGCAUGGUGUUGGAGAAUUCUGGAACCUAAGUGCCAGUCAGCUGCUCCUUGGUUCUCAGGGUAAACGGACCUGCCGAAAUGUAUCUCUGGAAUUCUGUUCAGAAGAGGAGCUAGCUAGCACCCCUCCUGUAGACUUGUGGAUCCUGCAGACCUUGGGCCUGAAGGAUGAGGACACCAUUGAUACAUCAUCCAAUGAAUACAACUUUAACUCCUCCAUUAAUUCCCUCACAGAAUCCAGCUCCAGCACAGACUCCUCGGGUGACUGCCAAACUUCUGAUCAUAAAAUUACAACUUAUGACUCAUGUUGUGAUAGCCAUGGACAUGGCUGCAGUAUAGGUCUUUCCAAUAAUUACUACUUGAACACGAACAGUGAAUUCAGUGUCACUACAGUCUCUAAUUUUACUGGAAAUGUGCCAUUUGUAAAUUACAACCCUAGUAUAGAAAUCACCCCCAAUUUCAAAGUCAUCCCUUAUGAACAUCCACUACCUCAGUUGGUAAAUCCCCUCUCAUCAGCUGACCCAAUACAGCCAGUCAAGCCCAUAUUAGACACCACACCUAACCUGUUGCAGGACAGGAGUCCCAAACUGCACCACACUCCCAGUUCACACUGCCACAGCACCUCUAAUCCAAUAGGGGCUGAUGUGCCAUCUCAAUACCUUUCACUGUCUAUGCCACGUAGCCCAAAAGAGCUGGCAUUUAGCAUGUCCUUAAACUCUUCCAGCAGCGUCAGACUCAAGACACACAGCUUCCCACAGGGCCAGGCCUUUGUCCGAAAGGACACCCAGGGAGGCUGGAACUUUACCUGGGUCCCCAAACAAGGCAAUUGAGCCAAAUGUAAACCUUAGCCAUAUACAUGAAGAUGGAUGGAUGGAAUAAAUACAAUUAGAUAUGGAAUAUGUCGACCCUGCAUAGUUACAUAUAAAUAAUAUGGACAUGUGAAGCCCUAUGCUUUUUUAACUUAAAGGCAAGUGUACAACAUCUCCAGUUUGAGUCAUUAACUGUCACAUUGCAUAGGUUUAGAAGGCUUGAAUUAUGAUUGAAAAGCAUUAGCAGUAGUUAGCUAUUAGCCUAACAGAUGAUGGAUAACUUGUACUAACAGAGAAGAUGACUGCCAGAGUCAAGUGCUCGUAAUGCUGUAUAACAAUGUAAACCACAAAAAAACACUGUGAUCCAAUUCAAGGCUUACUGGUCCAGACCCCUAAUCACACUGCCUAUAGAGCCUGCAGCUUUUAGCACUUUGAUCUGAUCACCUGAACUGUAAUAAAAACAACACAACUGUACAGUUGGUAAACAUGUUGUCAAAUAUAGCCUGUGAAAGUUGAUCUAAGUUCUAAGAUAUAAUAAUAUUUUAAUGAGAAAAUAUGUCAGACAUACAUACAUGACAGAAGUCUAUAAUAACUAAAGGAAAUGUGUUUAUAAUUGUAGAUACAUUAUGAAUCCUACUUUAAUAUGAGUUGUUAUUAAUUAGAGCAGUAGGCUGAUUAUGCAAUAUUCAUGAAAAACACCUUAUUCUGCUUAUCUUAUAAUCAGCAUAUAGUGGUUAUAUCAGCCUUGCAACAGUGUAUUUGAUCUGUGCAAGUGCUAGCACCAGCAAAGCGAGUUGAAUGAGUAGUCAUUUUCAAUUUAGGAACUUUACUAAUAUUUCCAACCACAGAAUUAAAUAGGUUUCCCAGAAUUAAUGUGGAUGUGGUAUUUUGAUUGGCAAUUGUUUGCCUUUAUCAAAGUAAACUGAUUUCAAAUGUGCCAAUGAAAACAAGUUACUGUAGUUAGGAAAAUUGUUCUGCAUUUAACCGUACUUAUUAACUAUUAUACCUGUGAUGUAAGUAAGAACUUUCUAUGUUACUAUAUAACAGACAAUUUUAUGGCCAGAUUAAAUGGCCAGGAAAAACCGGCAUCGAUAAUCAUUGAAUAGAACAAAAAUGCACUAAGGCUCACAGUUUCCAUCCUUUUUUGACACCAUAAAAAUCCACAAUAAUCUUUGCUAUAUCAGGCCUAGCCUUUUUUAAACAUGUGUUUAUUAUCAUAAAUCCCUU